AUGUCAUUGGCAUUUGUUUACUUCCACCGUUUUGAAUUCUGUAGACACAAAAAUCCAAUUUAUUGCGGCGGAGAAUUAUUGAAAACUGUCCAAUUGGCAGGCGUGUUUCCCGAUAGUAAAACUUUCGUCGAUCUUUAUCAACUGCACGAUCCGUCAGUGACCUUGACCAAUUUCGAAAAGCUCAUGUCGGCAACAGGAGGUAAGCCGAAUAAAACGCAAGUCUCGAAAUUCGUAACAGAAAACUUCCACAGAAGCAUUGACGUACUACCCUGGACGCCGCCUGAUUGGCAAUCAAUCCCCGCAAUACUUAAGCGCAUCCAGGACCCGAAAUUUCGAGGAUGGGCCAAUCAUUUAAACAACGUCUGGCUUAAUUUAUCCCGACAAAUGUCACCGGAUAUAAUAGCGCGGCCGGAAAGAUUCAGUUCUAUUCCUCUUGAAAAUGGAUUUAUUGUCCCUGGUGGAAGAUUUCAAGAAAUUUACUACUGGGACAGUUAUUGGGUUCUUGAAGGACUUCUUCUCUCUGGUAUGAAAGAAACGGCAAAAGGAAUCAUUUUAAAUUUCAUAUCUAUGGUGAAUAGAUUUGGCUUUAUUCCAAAUGGUGCUAGAGUUUAUUAUUUGAUGAGAAGUCAGCCUCCUUUACUUAUUCCAAUGGUUGAAAAGUAUUUAGAAGCUACUGGUGAUAUAAAAUUCCUGUCAGAUAAUUUGCUAACACUUGAAAAAGAAUUCGCUUUCUUUAUACGUGAAAAAACAGUAGAAGUCACGAAGAACAAUAAAACUCAUAUAAUGGCACGCUAUGUAGUCAACAGUGACGGCCCACGUCCAGAAAGUUAUCGUGAAGACUACACAGAAGCUCAAUUUUUUGACAGUAACGAACGUCGUAAAACUUUUUAUGAAGACAUGAAAGCUGGAGCUGAGAGUGGUUGGGACUUUUCAUCACGUUGGUUUAUCCCCAGUGGACCAGGGACGGGAAAUCUAUCAGAUAUUUCAACAAGAAAUAUUAUUCCAGUGGAUCUUAAUGCAUUCUUACAACGUAAUGCACGUCUCUUGAGCCAAUUUAACCAACUUCUUGGAAAUGAAGUGAAAGCAAGAAAAUACAGAGAUAUUGCGAGUGAUUUCCAAAACACAAUUGAUGAUGUCCUCUGGAAUGAAGAGCUGGGUAUAUGGCUGGAUUAUGACAUGAAAAAUAAACAACCAAGGAAAUUCUUUUACCCGACUAAUCUUGCUCCUUUGUACACGAAUAGCUUCGAUAAAAAAAAUGCGUCGACUUAUGCACGAAGAGCUGUCGAUUAUUUACACGCUGAAGGAAUUGAUAGUUUUAUGGGUGGCACACCAGCGACUUUAAUUCACACAGGAGAACAAUGGGAUUGGCCCAAUGCAUGGCCUCCACUCCAAUCAAUUAUAGUUCAAGGACUUCGUAAUACUGGUGCUGAGCCAGCUCUCGGCCUGGCUAAAGACCUUGCAAUUAGAUGGCUUAGGGCUAAUUAUCUAGGCUUCCAGGAAACUGGAAUGAUGUACGAAAAGUACAGCGCAAUCGAUCCUGGAAAAUACGGCGGAGGAGGUGAAUAUGAAGUCCAAGCUGGUUUUGGAUGGACUAAUGGUGUAGUGUUUGAAUUUCUUGAUACGUAUCCAGACGCACAAGCUCCUAAAGUGUAG